CAAACUAAUUAUAGCCCACUCGAGCGAGACCAACAUAAAUACAAGGGGCCAUUUGUCUUCUUCCCUCUCACAAAUUACUCUUCCUUCUCUCUCUUUUUCUCAAUUACGUUCUCUUCUUUCAUAAUACGUUUUUGCCAAUUGACGCAGAUACACAGACGAACAGAACUCUAUCAAUGGCUUCAAAAAUCUAUGUUAUUUACUAUUCCAUGUAUGGACAUGUUGCAAAACUAGCUGAAGAGAUUAGAAAAGGAGCUGCAUCUGUAGAAGGAGUGGAAGUGAAACUGUGGCAGGUACCUGAAACACUGCCAGAAGAUGUCCUUGGAAAAAUGGGUGCACCACCAAAGAGUGAUGUACCUAUCAUUUCACCCAGUGAGCUUGCAGAGGCUGAUGGAGUUCUUUUUGGUUUCCCUACUCGAUUUGGGAUGAUGGCUGCACAAUUUAAAGCAUUUAUGGAUGCAACUGGAGGACUAUGGCGAACACAAGCACUUGCAGGAAAGCCUGCUGGAAUUUUCUACAGUACUGGUUCUCAGGGAGGUGGGCAGGAGACCACUCCUUUGACUGCCAUCACCCAGCUUGUUCACCAUGGAAUGGUCUUUGUCCCCAUUGGAUACACAUUUGGAGCUGGCAUGUUUGAGAUGGAGACGGUGAAGGGAGGCAGCCCUUACGGUUCAGGAACCUAUGCAGGGGAUGGCUCCAGACAGCCUUCUCAGCUAGAGCUUGAGCAAGCUUUCCACCAGGGGAAAUAUUUCGCUGGCAUUACAAAGAAAUUCAAGGGAACUGCUUGAUUUUUCUUUCUCAUUCAACAUGUAUUGCUAUAUAUACAUUUGAUAUGUCUUUUGGAUUAUACUAUUGUUGAGAGCUUAACAUCUAUUAAUGCAAAACAUGGGUUCACUCUGGCAGUUUUCUUUCCAAUAA